GCUCAAAAUGGCUGUAGACAAACAGUUAUGAAGAUCUGCCGUUCUACAAGAAAUGAAUAUGUCGCAAUUGACAAAUUAACGAAGAAGCCUCCAAAACAACUGGGGAUACAGGGGCCCGUGGAGAGGUUCAGGGGGAGGAGCAGACCUCUGGCACCAACCCUGGAAGAGAGGAGGGACCACCUCAUAGAGAGAAGGGGCCACAAGACCUCUGCCUUGGGACAGAGCCAUGACCAGUCUGGAGCCAGACAGAAGACUGGACUCCACACUCUGACUGAAACCUUCAAGCACAAAACUGAGACAGGUCUUGGUCUAGACCUCCAUGCCAGGCCAGAUGAUGAAGAGCCUCCAGUUCAGAAGCAUCGCCCCCAAGGCCCCAGCAGCGGUGGUUCCCUCCCCAGCCGCCAUCCUGUCCUGCCAGCACCCCUCUGCCCUCCCGGAGGCAGCCUCCACAGCCGUCAGCCCCAAGUCUAUCCUGGUCCCGGCCCAGAACUAUGCCCUGAUGCAGGUGGCAGGGCAGGAGGGUACCUUCUCUCUGGUGGCCCUGCCGCCCUCCGUAUCCCCUCAGUCGCCGCAGCAACAACAGCAGCAGCAACAGCCAAUCCAGAAGAACCUGAAGCUGCCCAUCCCCAGGUACCAGCCAAUGAGGACCAAGAACACCCCGGAGAAGGUCAAAUCAGCCACGCCCACCGCCGGUGUCAGCGCCAGGGGGGUGAGGACACCCACCAAGGUUGCAUUGACAACCCGGGACCAUCGGUCAAUAGCAGCCAUAAAGAAGAAGUUGUCAUUGGCUGAGCCCAAGGAGGAGCCAUCAGAACAGGUCAUACUGAUCGACGACUCAGCCUCCUCUGAGCUCUCCGCCCUCACAGCCCUGCUCCCAGACAACGCCAUGCUCUACAAUGGCUCUCCACUGGAGCGAAUAGCAGUGGUGGACACCACCCCCGACCACCGGUCCACUCCUGCCCACGCUCCCGGCCCUGACACCAGCAUGCUGCAGAACCUCCACUACCCAUCUGGUGGCAUUACUAAAAGUUCCCCGGUCGAAUCAUCACAGGAUGAGAGCAGCGGUAAGGUUGCUAUCAGGCCGUGCCAACCCAAGCCUGUAGCCCAACAGCCCCAUCCACAGCCAGCUAGUAGCAGCAUCACUGUCCUCUCUCCAGCCAUCUUCAGCAAAGCUGUCCAGAUCAUUCCCUCCCCACCCAAGGGCAAGCUGCCCAUCCUGCCCUACUCCAUGAUGAAAAGCACCCUCAUACCCGCCUCCAAACUCAACCUCAAUGCCAUGUCCCCCAAGAAGGCUUUCCCUAGCCUCUCCCCUUAUCCCUCUGAUCCCCAGUCCAAGACCCCGGAGACUGCUGAGGCCCUAUGUCAGAACCACAUGCCAAACUCCCUGCUGCAGAGCCAGCCUCAGGCCAAGACCACAGGCGCCCUGUCGCUGCUGGGAACACUACAGAUCCAGAAACCAUCAGGCAAGAAGAGGGGGAGGAAGAGGAAGACAAUGGAGGACAUUCUGGCCUAUGAGGCGAGGAAGAAGAGGUCCUUGUCAUUCUUUCGGAGGAGGGUGCCAGAGAAGCCUUCUGUCUCAGCCGUCAUCUCCUCCCCGCUGUCUAAACAGCAGAGGGAGGUGGACAUCUCUAAGAAGUACCGCAGCAUCAGACCCAAGCCCCACCACACGCUGCUGAUGGAGACUGUACCCCAGCUGGUCAGCCUGCCCUCCUUCACCUCCUCUGACAGCCUGGAUUCAGAGCUCCUUGUGGGGCAUCAGCUCUCUGCCGAGGUCCUGGAGCCCGGUCCUCCCCAGCCCCAGCCAGCCUCUACCCCGCUGUACCUGAAAGGGGGCCCUUCUCAUAGGGUCUACCUGGGCAGUAGCAAGCCCCUCCACCGCUGCCCCACCUGCAGCCGCUGCUUCCAGUUCAAACACCACCUCCAGAGCCAUAUGAACAGCCACACCAACAGCAGGCCUUACCUGUGUCCUGUGUGUCGUAAGGCCUAUGCUCACUCUGGCUCCCUCAGCACCCACAUGAAGCUGCAUCACUCUGACGGGAGACCGCGGCGGACGCUUCGCUGUGACUUCUGUGAGAAGGCGUUUGGCUACGUGGGUGUGUACUUCGGCCAUUUGAGGGAGGUGCAUAAGGUGAUCCUGACCGUGGAGCCGUCCGUCAGCCAGCAUGAAGACGACGUGCCUGUGGAGGGGGCCAUGUCUUCAGACCUGGGGGACGAGCAGGGCCAGGAGGAGCGCGAGGACCCAGUUGAGCUCCAGAUCAAGUGUAGCCGCUGUCAGGCCAUCACCCCCACCUUCGCCGACAUGAAGCUACACCUGCUCUAUGUGCAUGGGGAGGAGGUCCAGGUCCUGGAUAGUAAAGAGGAGGUGAUGGAGCACUGGAGAGGCCACCACCACUGUGAGGAGACCCAGGUACUCUGGGAGGCCCUCGGCUCCUACUCGGGGGAAAGGGAGAUGGACUCGCCCGACCACAGCACAUGUUAACAUGGCACUGGACACGUUCUAGGUCGUCUCUGUUGCAGUCACGCUGCACAUCUCAGAAUAUUGACUUUACUUAUUCCUUCUAGCCUCUUAAGGAAGCAAAUUGCCAGAACAGUGCAUUUUAAAAGAUUGAUAUAUCAUAUCAACAUAGUUUCUGAGAUGUAAAAAAAACACUUCUCCAGGCAUUGUGAGAUCUUAUAAUCGGGGCGGGCUGACUACAAUAGAUAUAACCUCGAACGUACCUACUAUUUGUGUCUGUAUGAGCCGAUCAUGCGCUGUGUGCUGCUCUCAAACACACCCAGUUAGUCCCUAUGCACACUAUCCAGCCGACCCCAACCAUGCAGUACAUUUCCAGCUACUAUGAUGGCUGGGUAACCACUAACCAGGCAAGUUCAGCUCACCUCAGUAUGGUGAAAGGGUAUUAGUCCAUACAGAGGUCAGUUAUCGCACAGUUUAGUUUGUUAGAGAAUCCACUUGAUACAUUACAAAUUAUUAUUUUGGUAUUUUGUGGACUGCACUCUGUUUUGUGUUUUUGUGUUAAUUUUUUUCUAUGUUUUAAUAGGAUUGGGUUGUACAGUAUAUACAGUACCAGUAAAACGUUUAGACACACCUAGUCAUUCAAGGGUUUUCCUUUAUUUGGACUAUUUUCUACAUUGUAGAAUAAUAGUGAAUACAUCAAAACUAUGAAU